CCGGCCCCCUCCCCGGCUGUAUUUAGCGGCGGCGCGGAUCACGGGGAGCCCGCGGUGGCGACAUGGCCGCCGCCAGCACGGAGCCCCUGCAGCCGCCCAGGCUGCAGCAGCUGCUGGAGCGGGAUCCUUACCUGGCGCCCUUCCGGACCGACUUCCAGCGCAGGUAUUCUCUGUUUUAUAACCACUUGAAGAACAUUGAGGAAAGUGAAGGCGGCCUUGAUAAAUUUACAAAAAGUUACAAAACCUUCGGAGUUAACCAACUCGCGGAUGGUGGAAUAUACUGUAAAGAGUGGGCACCAGGAGCAGAAGCAGUGUUUCUUGCAGGUGACUUCAAUGGCUGGAAUCCGUUUUCUCAUCCAUAUAAGAAGUUGGAAUAUGGGAAGUGGGAGUUGUUCAUUCCACCCAAAGAUGGCUGUUCUCCUGUGCCCCAUGGAUCAAAGCUAAAGGUGGUGAUUCGUGCUCAAAACGGCGCCCUCCUCUAUCGUAUUUCACCCUGGGCAAGAUAUGUGGUCCGUGAUGAAGACAAAGUGAAUUAUGAUUGGGUUCACUGGAAUCCACCACAGUCAUAUAUACAUAAGAAUCCUUCCCCCAAGAGAUUAAAAAGCCUAAGAAUCUAUGAAUCACAUGUGGGAAUUGCUUCCCCAGAAGGGAAAGUAGCUUCUUAUAAAAACUUCACAUACAAUGUACUACCUAGAAUAAAGGAUCUUGGCUAUAACUGUGUCCAGCUGAUGGCUAUUAUGGAACAUGCAUACUAUGCCAGUUUUGGUUAUCAGGUCACAAGUUUCUUUGCAGCAUCAAGCCGGUACGGAACUCCAGAUGACCUGAAGGAAAUGAUUGACGUUGCUCACUCAAUGGGCAUCACGGUCCUGCUUGAUGUGGUGCACAGCCACGCCUCAAAAAACUCAGAAGAUGGUCUCAACCAGUUUGAUGGUACGGAUUCUUGUUUCUUCCAUUCUGGAUAUAGAGGCAAUCACCAGCUCUGGGACAGCAGGCUCUUUGACUAUGCAAACUGGGAAGUCUUGAGAUUCCUUCUGUCUAAUUUGAGGAUGUGGAUUGAAGACUAUCGCUUCGAUGGAUUCCGAUUUGAUGGUGUUACGUCUAUGUUGUAUCACCACCACGGCAUUGGCACAGGGUUCAGUGGAGAUUACAAUGAGUAUUUUGGCCUGCAUGUGGAUGAAGAUGCUUUGUGUUACCUGAUGCUGGCCAAUCACAUGAUUAAUUCCUUGCACCCAGAAUGCAUAACCAUAGCAGAGGAUGUCUCUGGAAUGCCAGCUCUCUGUCGGCCUGUCGCAGAGGGAGGAGGGGGUUUUGAUUAUCGGCUUGCCAUGGCCAUUCCGGAUAAGUGGAUACAGAUAAUUAAGGAGCUGAAAGAUGAAGACUGGAAUAUGGGCAAUAUUGUGCAUACAUUAACAAACAGACGGUAUGAAGAAAAAUACAUUGCUUAUGCAGAGAGUCACGACCAGGCGCUGGUUGGUGAUAAGACACUGGCCUUUCGCCUGAUGGAUGCAGAGAUGUACACAAACAUGAGUGUGCUCAUGCCUCUGACGCCAGUUAUUGAUCGUGGGAUACAGCUUCAUAAAAUGAUUCGUCUCAUUACUCAUGCACUUGGAGGAGAGAGCUAUCUGAACUUCAUGGGUAAUGAAUUUGGACAUCCAGAAUGGCUUGACUUCCCCAGAAUAGGGAAUAAUGAGAGCUACCACUAUGCCAGAAGACAGUUUAAUCUUACUGAGGAUGAUCUUCUUCGCUAUAAAUUCCUAAAUGCCUUUGAUAGAGAUAUGAAUAAAUUGGAGGAAAGAUUUGGCUGGCUUGCAUCUCCCCAGGCCUAUGUGAGUGAAAAGCAUGAAUCCAAUAAGGUCAUAGCAUUUGAGAGAGCAGGUCUCAUUUUUAUUUUCAACUUCCAUCCAUACCAAAGUUAUGUGGACUACAGAGUGGGUAUUGAAACACCAGGAAAGUAUAAAAUCCUUCUGGAUUCUGAUGCUGGAGAAUAUGGAGGGCAUCAAAGGCUGGACCACAAUACAGAGUACUUCUCUGAAGAAUAUCCUCACAAUUAUCGACCUAAUUCAAUUAUGACCACCUUCAGCCAACCCCCCAGAGGAUGCCCCAUGCACCAAAUAAAGGUAAAAUACCAGUGAAAGGACACCGAGUAAAAGUAACUGGGGAAAAAAACCUGGAAAACCUAAAUUCAGCAAAUAGAUCUUCACGUAAGGAAGAACAGAAGUUACAGUAAAUGCCUCCAGCUGCUAUUUUGCAGUAAAACAAAGAUGUUUUAUUUUAAAUAGCAAUUUACAUUGAAGUUAUUGGGUAAUUUGUCCUGUUUAGGUGUUUCUUUAGGCUUAAUUGCAGUUUUUAAAAUCCAACUCAAAAGUCUUCCCAUCAGAUUUCUUUUCAAGUAAUGUAUGAUGCCACCCUGAUAAACUCAUAAAAGUUAUUUUCCUGCCAUUUAAUAAUUAUUUUAUUCUCUUUUCAUAAUGCAUGAGACUUAAGUUUGUUCUUUCAAAAAUUUUAGUUCCUCCUCCACCACAAACUUCAAGGAGGUAGUUUUUUAAUGACAGAUGCACCUCCCUUAAGGUGUAUGAGUAAACAUUGUCAGCAAAACAUGCCCAGAGGGUCGUGACAAAAUGAAAUCACAUGCAAUAAUUCUGCUUCUCAAGUCAAGCUUAAAUAGCACCCAAAUGCGUUACAAAAAUAGAAGAUUAAAUGUGACAUGAUUCAUUCUAAAAAAAUCACCUAAUAAAAGAAAUAUUCAAGGUGGCAUAUCAAAAUGAGAAGAAGGGAGAUAUGAAAUUCCUGGAGCAAAGAAUCCUGGAAGAAGAUGAAGCUUUGUAAGUGCUGCUGAGCAUUUCACUGUACAGUUUUCAGGCUUGUUUAGUAAAGCUAUUAGAGGGCCAGAAUUCAAAAUCAUCAGAAACACCCUGAAAAUGCCAUAGAAAGUGCACAGAAAUUUCCUUUGUAAUAUGACUUAUUUAAAUAAUUGUACUAAUUUUUCCAUUUCACUGCUUUUUUAUAAUGGAUUGUUAACAAAUAUAUGAAAUGUACGUAACAUUCCAUGUAAUCAAACUUUCUAAUAACGAGCUGUGAACCAUUUUGUCACUUUUUACCACAGCUUCAUUUCUGUUUACAAUUCCACUGUGGUAUUCUCAUACUUGUCUUUUUUGGGGUAUGUUUUAUAAAAGAUGUGUGCUUUUUGAAUGCUUCUAUAAACCUUUAGUCUUGCUUAUGUCUCAUCAUCUCUUUGCAAGAUGUAAAUUAAGUGCUGCACACACAUUUCAACCCCUGCCAGAUCUUAGUGUCCCUUUAGGGAUUAAUUCAUUUGUUGGUAACGAAUUUGGCUUUUGUGGUUGGAUGUGAAAUUUAGGUGUGGGGCAGGGGGAAGAAGUAGUAUAAUAUUUUAAUAACAUGUCACUCAAAAUGUUUUGUUGGUCUUUUCUAAGGUAUCCAACUUGACUGAAUUUUACUGUAGGAAAGAGCUAGCUAUCAAUAAGUGUGCUACUAAAUUUUUUGUACCCCAGCAAAAGUUUGGAUUUAUAUGAAAAUGGAGGGGGGUUAUACUUUGUGCACCAACAGAACUGAGUAAUAAGGCUAAGUGGAAUAUUGCAGAGGAUGUUGUGUCAUUGGAAAAGUAGUAUAUGAUUUAUUGUGAAAUAUAAUUGCUUAACAUAUUUCAACUUCCAUAGAUUUACUUUUUCUGUAGUUCAUUCCAAUUAGUUAAAAAAAUAAAUAAAUGUCAGAGUAUUCCUUUUCUGUUGUCCCCAGUGCUGUCUUUUUUCUGAUUCUCUAUUUUUGGCAUUCAGUGACAUAAUCUUUUCACAUUAAAUGAAAGUGAAAUUAUGUAGUUUAUUUUAAGAAUAUCCUUAUUAUAGGCUUGGGUUUUUAACCUUGACCUCAAUGUAUACUAUUCAAUGUCAAAGUGCAACUUCCUGCUUCCUUGAGUCUGUGGACAAAUUAAAAUACUCCCAUAGACUGAAAUGAUCUAAAAGCUUUUAGUGACCUUAGCUUUGAAAAUACUCAUUUAAAUAACUUUCAUGAUAAGGAUUUAUGUAUGGAAUUUUAAGGGACUGAUGUAAUCUUUAACUGUUGUCUCCCCUGGCAUGCACAGAUAUACAGAUUAAAUGAAAGAACAUUUGUAGUUAACUGUUCAAACGAGGUGAAUCAGUCAGAAUUUAAUACCAGAAAGGUCUUUUUGAUUUUUAGCUCUUGAUGAUUAAGACUUCUAAAUGCAUUUGUUCAUCUUCAUUGGUUGUUUGACUUCUUAAAACCACCAGCAAAUGUAAUGCUUCCAAAGUUACUCUGUCAGUAAUUUUGUUUUAUCCUAUCUUCCUUCUCAGUCUACUUGUUUUUCAGGGGGUUUUGCCAUCUCUUUUAGAGUACUUUUUGUCAAUGUGAAAGAAGAGUGCGAAGAUAAUACAGGAACAAUUUUGAGACACACCCUGUGCAAUAUAUGGACUUCUUUUGCAUAAAUGAAGCAAGACAGUCUAAGAAAUUAUUUUCUGCAUAUUCAUGCUGUAUAGCUGUAAAUUGAAAAACAAAUUGGAAGGCAGAACUUCACAUUCUUUUAAGCGUACCUUCUUUGUCAUGUGCAAUAUCUAGCAAAAUGAAAACCAAAAUGUGUGAGGUUUUGUAUAAUAAAUUAUAGUCAGAAAGGAAGAGCUAUCAUCUAUUUUAUUCUUUGAUGGUUAAUUAUAUUCUCAGAAUAGUGUCCGUGUGUGACAAUUAGUGGUGAUACAGGGACAGGAGAUUGUCUAAAGCCCUCAUUUUAAUUAAAAGUUUGGGAUAAUGUUGGCACAGACUCUUGUGACAUUGCCUUCUGCAUCUACCAGCUGCAAUAUGUGCUACUGAGUAUUUUUCUGCAGUGCCUGAUCUAGCUCUGAGUUCUAGUAAUUCUCCCAUCUGUUACAAAAUGACCUUGAAAUUAUUUUUAGGGCUUGGUGUUUUCCAGUCCUGAAAGUCAGAUGAAGAGUAGUUCAUUGCAGUUCCAGCCAAUUUCAGUUGAGCUUGCACCUGGUACUGAAUUAGUCUGACAGAUCUGAAAGUAGCAGUUGUCAUUUGCAGAAUCUCUUGCUUGUGGGUUUUUAGAUACAUUUGGAGAUUGCUGAGUAUUUUAGUCCUCUCCUGGAAUAUAUAAGGUGAUAUUUCUGCUUGUAGCUGCUGCUGUUCACAGGUGCUUCCUACAUGUAGUAUUCCUGUACUCUUCUUAACUCUUUUAAUGUCUUUUUUUUUCCUUGAAGUUAUCUGGAUAUUCAUAGAAAAAAACGUAUAAGGAGUAAGUGUUUGGCUGAAAACAUCUUGCAUUCCUGGCCAGUAGUAGUACCAGUUGUUUUUUCCCUGUUUGUGAGAUAGCCAUCAUGAAUAGACUAUGAUCGUGACAGAACUCCAUGUGUGUUGGUGGCAAAGCGGUUGGCUUUAAAAAAAUCUCCUUUUUUUUUUUUUUUUUGUCUCUUUACUAGAGAUACUGUUUGAAUGCCAGAAGCCUUCAUCUGUGUGGGACUUGCCUCGUUGCAGACAGUGUAACUGCCUCAUAUUGACAUGCAGUAUAAAAAGGUCAAAGGUGCUAACAAAAACCUGUUUUGUAUUUGACUUAUAAACAAGAUUCCUGUCCCCCACCAUCUUCUUUGUUAGCACAUCUGCUGAUGAAGUAACAGCAGUUACUCCAUUCCUGCCAAAUUGAGAAUAAAAAGACUUUCAGUGAUAUUUUAUGACUAAAUGUUUGAAAGUUAACUUUGUCAAAAACUGUCUUUGCAGCUGAGUCAUCCUGUCUCAAACAGAUUUGAUGUCUCCAGUUCCCAUGUUACACUCCCCCAUUGGAAAAGGCCUCAUGAACCUUCCUGAGUGUCUUUUUAGAUGUCUUGAUGGCUUCCUAAAGUAGUGGAGUUUGUGUGAACCUUAGAGGGCUCAAGGUUGUGAGUUAGCAAUUGGUAUAGAGAGCAGAGGGACAAUUUGUUGAGAUCUAAAGACAUGAAUAACCUGGUCUGACCUCAGAGCUCACCCUGCUGAAAGCAGGGAGUUUGGGUCUCCUGAGGGCCUUUCCAGCAUGGGUGAGCCUGGAAGGGAGGAAGUGGCUGGAAAGGGUGUUCAGGAUGAGCAGAAAGCUUGACACAGAAGAGAGACUCUGAUGGUGAUUUGAUUGAUGCGAAUCAAGAUGUGGGUUAGCUAUGAAUGAAUUCUCUUUAGUGUUCUGUUCUUUGGGUUUUCACUUCUGUCCAUGUUCAUCAAGUGAGCCUUGGGAAAUGGUGAAGGAGACAUGAAUGGGAUAAAACUUGAGAUCAGAAAAAGCAGGUUAAAAGAACAGAGAUCAAUAGAACUGAAGCUGGUAAUUGAAAGUAUAUAAUUCAGCAACAGUAUAUGAAAGAAUAAACUUCUGAGACACGCUUCCCAGGAUAUGGAAAAAGUAAAAAAUUGCAUAUCUCUGAUAAUGUUUUUUGCUGAUGAAUACCUAGGUUUCCUGUGAUGGUUUUAAUCAGGAAAUCUCAUUGUACUUUUAGUAUACUUGUCUAUUUAUAGAUAGCUAUAUAUCUCAGGCUGUAUACUAUAUAUAUAAUGAAGAAGGGCAAGAAGGUGAUUUUGCAAAUCCACUGAUUGGAAGAACACCUUAAGAAAAAAAAGACAAGUCCCUUGACAAAGGGAAGACUCAAAACUUUGAUGGAGAAUAUGGACAAUACAGGAGUAGUCAGUGCCUUUUUUCGGCUCUGACUCCAAGGGCAAAGCCUGCUUUCAGACCCUUUCUGUGUGACAGUGCACCACUGAAAAUAAAGUGGCAGAGCAAUAGGUUAAAGAUGCUGUAUAUAAGUGAGAUACACCCAGAGGCUUGGAUGAUUUCAGUGAUGUGAUUGCAAGGCUAUUGUCUGAGAAAAAUCAUAGUGGCCAGGGGAAAUUUCUGACAACUGAACUAAGGCUGAAAAGGAAGGCUGAGGGGUCUGUAGGGAAGUUCCUCAAGAAGUCAAGAACCACCUCCUCUUGGAAUCUCUGUCCAGGCAAGUGGGUUACAUGAGAUGGGUCAGUCAGAAAGCCAUCCUGGAUUUAGCAAAGUCAGAACAUGCAUGGUCAGCCUGAUUGCUGUCUUGAUGAAAUGACUCAAGCUGUAUGCACAAGGUUGCUCCAGUCAGUUCAGUAAGACUUUCAGCCUGGUCUCCUGCAGCAUUCCUGCCUAAGAGCUGAGGAUCUACAGGGCUGGAUAAGAUUGUUGGGUCACUGGGUUUGGCUGGGCCACUGCAAUGCCAGCAAUCAGAGGCCCAGUGUCCAGCUGCUGUUUGGUAUCGAGGAUACUGAUACUGUUUGGAGUCUUGAGCAGUGACCAGCAUGAUGAGACAGAGCACAGUUGUAGGUGACACUGAAUUGGAGUGAACCAUUGAUCAAUUGAAUGUUGAAGGUCCAAUCCAGACAUAUCUAGAGCUAAGGAUUGUCCAUACUUUUAUGUAUUUGAAGGUGUCUGGUCUCAAACAUACAAUAAAACGCUUGCAUUUCAACUUAUCCUGUCAGCAGUGGAUUCCUGGCUUUUUUAAUCGUGUCAUUUAGUGGCAGAUUGAAGGAUAUGCUUGGAGCACAGUCAACUUGGUACAAUGGCUUGAAACAGUCAGUACAGUCAGGAAAAAUAUGGAGAAAAUAAAUUUAAGUUAAGGGGGAUAUGUUACUACGAGAGUGGUAAUUCAGGUGAAAGGGGCUGAAAGAAAAGGAAUAAUAUUGGAGUGAAAAGGCUGAGUAAGUUCUGUGGUUCAGGCUAUCAGAAGGAGGAGUGGAGGUGAGAAAUCUGGGCUGAAAACCCUGCUGGGAUCCUGGGCAUAUGAUCUUCCAGUUUGCACCUUACCUCAGGAAAGACGAGUGAUCUUCCCAACCUCGCUGGUCACAUUUUUCUUCCUCAGUCCAUCACACAAAUGUUCUGAGUUCUGUCUGUUGAAACAAGUAACAAAGCCACAGCACACAGAACAUAGUAUUUCUGGAAAUAUUGUUGGACUGGGGGAAAGGAAUACUACUUACGUAUUUGUAACAAGUAUUAUCUAAUACUUGUGUAGUACUUUUCCUUUUAAAAAAAUUGUACACCAGUGGAAUGAAUAAUUAGUAAUCUUAUUUGUAAUUAUUAAUAUGUUUAAUCAACAAUUGGUAUUUUUUUCAUUGUUCAUGCCUUAAUUGUUGCUUUUUGUAGCAAAUAGCCUUGGAGGUGGUUACACUGACCAAUGAAAUAAGAUUAGGAGAUAGUGCCAUAUGUGGCUUUUCUAUGGUUUAGCAAGAAGCCCACCAACAUGAAAAACUCUAAAAUGCAUAUUUAAUUUCCCUAGGUAAGGACAAAGUAUGUGACUAAAGUAAUAAGCUGGCAGAUACUUCUCUUCACAGCAAAUGGAAAACACAUCUGUCAUUAGUUUAAAUACAAUCAUCUGCACAAAUUCUGAAAUUGUGCUUAAACCAGUUUUAAAAUCCUGAUUGUCGGUGAAGUGGUUGGAGCUGGAUGAUCCACACUGCUCUCAGAUUCUCAGAUGAUGUAAAUUGACUUUAAAGGAAUUGGGCUAAUUUACUCCUCCUAGGAUCUGACACAUUAUUGACCAGAAUAUAACUGAGAAUUGCUGUGUCCUCUAUUAACGUUAAUUUUUAUUCCCUUAACUGAAGUAACAUUUUACAAAUUCUUUCUUAGAAAACUUAUUUCUGUUUGUUCCUUCUCCUUUCUCACUUCAUCAUCCAAACCCAGAGCGAUGAAUUUCUCAGUACACAACUUCAAAAUCUCUCCUUUAUCUAUAUGUUUUGAGGUAGUUGACUUCAUUAAGUGUUUCCUCUCCUGCACAGGUUUAUAGAAGCUAUUUAUCACAGAAACCUUAGGGGAAAUCAUUAUGUUCACUGCCUUUCAAGUAGCAUUGGACACAGUUCUGUCUGGUUCAGUGAAGAUCAGCUGUUCUUUCCCUUUUUCUCCUUUUCCUAAAGCUCUUUCCUUUAUUGCUUUACUCUGUUUUGAAAACAAUGAAAGCCUUUCAUGCCAUCAGGCUCUCGUUAGCAGAUAACGCAGUCGAAAUUGCAGAAUAUUAGACAUUCCACAGAGAUGAAGGAUAGUCAGUUGUCAGACUGAAGCCAAUAAUCUUCAAUCUUGUGUUACCUUUUAUAAUUGCAUUUUUAUUGACUUGUUCAGAAAACACAUUCAUAGACCUGACAAUUGAUGGAGUACCGUGUAUCAAGGUAAUUGGUGGAUAGCACAUAUCGGUCUUGUUUGCUGAUGGUGACCGCUCAGCUUGGAAGGAAUGCUGUGAAAAAUACAUCGCCACAUUUUGUGAUCUAUGAGGACUCUUUUGAUUAUAUGUGUUAUUUUUGUGGUAUGCAGGGAAAAAAGGGGAAGACAAAUGCGAUCAUUUACAUGGUUAAUUUUGAUUCUGUCCAAUCUUGAGAGUGAGUUUUAUUGCUCAGACACUGACAUUCCAUAGACAUGCCAAGAGUGUGAACAAUAUGCUGCUGUGUCAUAUUGCUGGUAUUUACCUGUAGCAAAUGACAUCACAGGCCUUGGGGCAACUGUAAUUCACGGCAGAAGGGAGUUGCAAAACUUUGUCAUUUAUCAUUGACCAGUCUGUUGACCUAGAUGUCCUCAGGUUUCUGAAACUGGUCGUUGUAAGUCAUAUGAGGCCCUCUCCUGGUAGCCACCUAAAAUAUAUCAUGAUGAGAUAUUUAAAAAAAAAAAAAAAUGUAGAAAAGAGAUUGAAAAUAGAUU